ACUUGUCUUUGACAUGUGUCAAAAGUGACAGUGAAAUACCGCAAAACACGUAGAUUUUUGCAUAUUUCUCUAUAAAUUGGAGGUGAAAAUAAUGAUUAUAACUUAAGUAGUGAUUUAAAAAAGCCAUCCUAAACGUGAUUCACACAGAACCAACUAUGCAUAAGUUAACAAUAAUCUCUGCUUUUUUACUUAAUCUUGUUGCUUACGCAGCAACGGCGCCGGCAAGCACCAACAGUACUUUAUUAGAUAUCCUAAACAAUAGUGACCAGUACGCUGAGUAUAAGUGCCCUUUUUUACGAUCAACAUUUCUUGAUGGCGCACAGUAUCCAUUUUUAAAGGAAUGCCCUGCGAAUAUGAAACCAAAAAGUAAUAAUGAAAUAAUGUGCACAAUUUUUUAUAAUAAUUUCUUGAAAUUGUGCGUUAAUUCUUCGAUUGCUGUAAAAUCUUUAAUAAACGAAAGUACUAUCCAAGCCAGUUAUGAUAUUAAUAUUGCUUGUAAUAAUUUGAAAGCAGUUGAACCAUUUCGUAGUUCUUAUAAAGAUGUUUUUGAUCGUAUAAAUACAUAUAUGGCGAUUAAUUGUCAUGGAAUUUGUAUGGAUUUUUUAAGUGGUGAAGUUUCAAAAAUUUGUGCUCUUUCCGGAUUGAUGAGUAACGUUAUCAAACAAAAUACGAUGAAUGUAGAAAAGGUUGAACAAAAUGCUGCAAAAAUUAAAAGUAAAAAUGAAACUGCUAAAUUAACACCCGAGGUAAAAGAUAAUAAUAAAGAUGCAGUGCAAGGUAAAAGUGAAAAUGUUGGUAAAGAUGCGGGUGAUGUAAAAAGUGAUGUCACUCAGUCUGAAAACAAUCAGAAAACCCAAAAUGAACAAAAACCAACUGGAAAUCAAUCCCAAAAAAAGCCACAACUCAAUGAUGCCCCAAAACCAAAUAAGGUUCAAACUAAUCCUGAAGAAACUGUUGUGGCUUCAAAUGUUGCUCCGAAUGCUGAUUUAGCUGCAUCGAAAGAAGAUCAAAAGAAACCUAAAGAAGAAUCGAACGUUGAAAUAUCUCCCGAUCCGGUUAAAGAAUUAAAAAAGCCUAAAGACAACGUUGUUAUAAAACCAAAACAAGAUCAAGAAAAGAAUGAUGCAGUUGAUAUACCGAAUGAAAAUGUUGCUAAAAAGGAUCAGCAAAAAGCCAACCUUCAGCAAGAAAAUGACGACCUUGAAACUAAUUUCGAAGAAAAACCUGAAGACCAAGAUAGAAUUGAGAUGAUGAACGACGACGAUCAACUCGAUGAUGACGAUAUUCAACCUGCAAAUUCAGAGGAUUUAAAAAAACCAGAAAAAAAAUCUUCCAAACCAAAACCGAAAGAGGUCAAUGAAGAUGUUAAUAUGCCAGUUAAUUCAGAUCAAAUCGAAGAAGAGGAUUCAUUCUUUUUUGUUUAUUUCAUGAUGGUUUGUGCAGUUUUUAUUUUAGGAUAUAUUGGUUACCAUAAUAAACAAAAAGUGUUAGCCUUGGUUAUUGAAGGCCGUAGAGGAAGAAGAAAUUCUCGAAGAAGCGGUAGACCAAAUUCCGCUAAUUACCAUAAGUUAGAUAGUAAUUUAGAGGAAGCCGUUACGUCGUCAGUGCACAAAAACACCACCAAUAUUAUCUAUUAAAACGUUUAGACGUCGUGGAACGUAAUACGAAAAAUAUUUAAAUGUAAAAUUAAUUUAAUAUUUUCUUAUUUGGUUUUGAUUGGUUGUUUUUUUUAUUGUGAUCUGUUUCGCCUGUAAAUACACUUAUUUGUAAUGUAUAAAGGUUUAAUAUUAAUAAAUAUUCUUAAUAAA